AUGACUGUUCAGAAUAGUGGGUCCCGUUCGAGGACCCUUGCCGAGGCCUCCGGUGGUGGUCACCAGGAGCGCAGAGCCUCUACUAACACAUCCAGCUCCCCAAGAAGUGACGGAUCUCUUCAGAUGCGUCCUGAGGCUUUGAAUAACAGCGUUGAGGGGAGCCAACAGCACGAAGCCCUCACAACCCCCGGUGAAACCGCACGAGAUGCGCUAUCAUCGUUUCCUCAUACUGAAGGGCCCAACGCCUCCAGAAUUCCUAUUCAAGGAGCAGCACGAGCAGCGCCAGCACGACGAGUAACAGGCUUUGAUCUGUAUGAGUCCGAUGAGCUGUUUGCUAGCUCUCCUACGGGGUGUUGCCUGGCGGACCCCAAACAACCUCAAGCUCCACAAACGCAGCAAGAACAACGCCAGCAACAGCAGGACCAACAGAAACAAGGGCAGAAAGAGCAACAGAAAGAAAUGCUUCUGAGUCCUAUGACCAUGCCAUCGAAAGAAAACUGUAUAGAAGACUUCCUUCCCUUAAACCUUGCACGGCGUCCUUCUGCAGAAAUGCUGCACCACCUCGGCAGUAGAGUGGCAGCAGACAAGCAUGAGGAUCCCAUCGGCACACUUACUCCAGCUGAUUUAAACCCCGCAAAGCCAGCGGAAGCAGUAGUACCAAUUCAAAUUGUGCCAUCUGAACUAACGAAGUCUAGAGAGGAAAUGGGGACGGUCUCUUCGGUAGUCGCUGUGCGAAAUAUCAAUGGCAGCAGCAUGCAUACAAGAGUUGUCAACAAUGGCUGCGGCGGCGCGGAUGACAGCAACAACCGCCGCAGCAAGAACAGCAGCAACCAAAGUAGCCGGCUGAGCAGACCUCAACAACUGCCUAUGACAUGCGAUAUUCCCUGUGCAUUGGCAGGAGUCACGCAACCCGGCGGGGAUUGCCCGGAUGGCCCUUUGGGUGUCGUUGCCACUGGAAGACCUUCUGCAGCAGCAUCAUCAUCACCAACGGCAGCAGCUUGGGCAGGUACCCGUGCGGAAGCGUGCGCAACAGUGACCGCCGCAGACAAAAAAGCUGAAACGGAGGAAGGCCUCCAAGAUGGUGAGUGUGAGUCUCCACCGGCCGAACGAAGGGGCAGCACGAGCAAUAACGGUGGUGGAAGCAACAACAAUGACGCUGACAACGCGCAAAGGCCGUGCUGCCAUGUUCCUGUCUUCGAGGACACCUAUCCAAAACUCUCCAAGAAUGUAGGAGGCCCACAGAGGCAACAACGCAGGGUUGCGACUGUCGAGGCACUCGUCCCGUGUAGUGGUAGAUUUGGCUCCCCAGGUAGCAUUUCUCCAAGAGAGCACCAAGGAUUGCACGAAGGAGAGCACCUGCAGCGUCCAUUGCAACAACAAAAGCCGCGCAAACAGCCUGAAAUCCUUCAAGAAGAGAAGGAAAAUGAACCGCAGCAGAACCCACAGGCGCAGAAGCAGCAACAACAGCAAAAGCCUCGAGAGUUUGUUCGACGACUCGCCUUGGGCUUGCUUAUUGGACGCAGAGCUGGCAGGAAGGAAAGGCGCACUUGGCUCGGCCGCUGCAAUAGCAGCGGCGGCAGAAUGAGCCAAAUGCAGCCAGAGCAACAACAACAGCAGCACGAACAAGAGCCACAACAGCAACAGCCACAGGAGCAGCAGGAUGACGGAGCCGAGUGGGAGGCUUGCUGUCUGUUGCAGCCAGCAGACGAGAAAAAGGAUAUUCCUGCUGCUAACAGCCGCAGCAACGCCAACAAUGGCACCGCGUUGGGGGGCUAUCGGAGGGCACCAGGCAAACUGCAACGAAUGGCGUUUUCUUUUGGCUGCUUUGGAGAGGCGUCACAGCGCAGGACAGAGACACAGCGAGAAAACUAUGAAGGGGCGUUGUUCCCGCGAGGUCUUGCCAACCUUAAGAACACAUGCUUCCUCAAUGCAGCACUGCAGGCCUUAGCGGGCAUUCCUUCCUUUGUAGCGUCGAUCCAAGCUGGCCUACCGCCUGAGCCGGGUGCUAGAGAGGCGCAGUGGCGGGAGUCUCCACGGGCUUGCGAUGCUUCACAUGAAGGAAUUAAGGCGGCCGCGAACGCCACUGCAGCUGCGGCAUGCAGCAGCACCACGGCAUCCCCGGACAGCGAAGAGACACGAGGUCAACAGGCGCACCAAGCCCAGCACCUCCAGAAUCGAUCCGAGCAGCAGAGGCACCAGCAGCAGGAUUUGCUGCAGCAGCAGCUCGUACGGCGCGAGGAACUUUUGCGGCGGCUGCGCCUGCAGCAAGAGAGGAGGGAAAAGCAUCAGCCUGAAUGCCUCGGCACUCUUGACGAGAACCAAAGGAAACUCCUUCUUAGGGAAUUCUUCACCUUGCUUUGCAGAUUGACGUGCUGCCCGAGCAUCCGGCCUCAGGGAAGCGCACAGGAGCCCUCUGCAGAGGAUUUAGCUGCUCAGAGGCCAAGGGAAUCAAACGCAGCUGCUACAACUAAACCAGAGAACCAGAACCAGCAGCAGCUGAGGCAACAGCCGCAUAUGCCUGCCGCGGAGCAGGAUACAAUUCGGCCCGAGAGGCUCAGAAGAGCCCUAGUUGCGCCGCUAGCGGGUCUUCUUUUAAACGACUGCAACAUGCAACAGCAACAGGACUGUCACGAGUUUUUAAGGGGCCUCAUCGACCUUAUUCACGAAAUACUUAAAACUUGCAGAUGGGAGAGAGAGGAAGCAGCAGCAGCAGAACAGCUGCUGCAACUGCAGGCCAUUUCGCCUGUGGCUGAUGUGGAGCCGUGGGUUAUGACCUCCUUCGGCUCUCUCCACAUCCCAUUAGCUGUGGACAAUGAUCAGCCAACGCAACAUCACAAGAACCAGACUCGAGCACAGCGAACUGACACUCCGACUGAGGAUAACGAAAGUAGCGACCCUGGCAAAGCGGUAGGAGGCGAUGCGGGGGAUGCUGAACGUGCAGAAAAGAAGUGGAGGGAAUAUAUAGGAGAUCAAGCUUCUCCUAUGGCAGAUUUCUUCGCUGGACAGCUCUGCAGCGAGAUCCAAUGUGCGGGAUGUCGCCAAUCCUUGUUCAUAUAUGAGCCCGCGUGGGACUUGUCUUUGCCGCUCCCCGCGGAUGGCAACAAAGUAUCUUUAAAUAGCCUAUUGGAGGGCUUCUUUGGCUCCGAGGAGCUGGAAUUCAGCUGCAGCAGCUGCCACAGCCCUGCUUGCAAGGCCCACAGGACAAUCAGAUACACACACCCUCCAAAAGUGCUUUUACUGCAAAUAAAGCGGUUUUCGGCUUCCGGACAAAAGCGGAGAACUCGCGUCGAGUACCCUCUCGAAGAACUUGUCAUUAAAACAAAGCGCGGAUCUGCCAGAUUUCGUUUGAUUGCAGUGAUAGAGCACAAUGGAAGCAGUUGUCAGUCUGGCCACUACGUGGCGUACGUGCGACGAAGGAGAUUUGUAGCUCCGGUUGCACUCCCCUCCUCAACUGCAGGGGCAGCCUCAGGAAAACCUGAGACACCCAGAAGCUCUGCAUGCUCUCCAUCGGAAUUCCUCAAGCGCAUAGGCAUUUUAAAGGGCUUCACGAGCCUUGCAUCCCACUCUCUGCGGCAUCCUAAUGGCCCUUCAACCGCACCUCUUUCGGGCCCGUCUCCACGGGAUCCCCCGCAUGAGUCACCGCUCAGGCCGCCUAGACAAGCGAUGUCAUUUGAGGGGAUGGCCGACGAUGGCACAGAGGGCGGAGAGGCGAAAGAGACAGAUGAAAUCGUAGAUGAUCCCUUGAUCAGCAUCAUACCCACGGCGCUUCCCUUUGGAGGUCGUGUCCCUAAGGCUCUAACCUCACGUGGAACAAUGGAUGAGCUCUUGGCUAGUGCUUCGACAGCAGUAACUGCUUCUGCUACGUCCUCGGCCUCUUCAGCAGUACCAUCAGCUAGUACUCCGGCGUCGGAGCCUCCUUCUUCCGCCGCCACAGAAUAUGAAGCGGCGGAUGAAGACGCCCUGCGCAGGUGGUUCCCUGCCACUUGCCCAGAUUACAAGGCCCGCUGUGGCGACGUCAAACAACUCGUAAAGGAGGAUCUAGAGGACCCCCACAGACGAAAGCACUUGGAAUCUUUUAAACAGAGCAUGCUGGAGUGGGAAGCAUACGAUCCGAGCAUAAGGAAUGUGAUGCAAGAGGAAACGGCGAACGCCUUUCUUGCCGACUUGCUAAGGAUAAGGCCCAAAACGAGCAAAGAGUUUGAUUCCGCAAUACAAGCCCUCAGGAAAAAAUAUAAGGUUGCUCCGGCCAAGUCGCAGCUUGUGGCUGCGUACAAGCGAUUACUCGAUGGAGAGGCAGAUUCACAGAAGACUCAGGACGCCAACCCUGUGGGGCCAUGUGGUGCGGAGUCUCUGGACAGUCAAAGCUGUUCAGACGGGCUGCGCAAUCCGAUGCUAGAAAGCUUAAUGCGGCGGAAGGCAGUGCGCACAAAUAGCGGGGUUCUUGUGAUCACCGUUUUGACUGCCCCCGGCCGUUUCUCCUGCCCGCAAGAUUGCCAUUACUGCCCGAAUGAACCUGGACAGCCGCGCUCAUACCUUUCAACUGAGCCGGCCGUGUUGCGAGCCAACCAGAACGGGUGGAGCCCUCUUAAACAGUUUCGUGACAGGGCGGGUACGCUUAAGCGGAAUGGCCAUGCGGUUGACAAGAUAGAAGUCCUUGUGCUGGGAGGUACAUGGAGCGGGUAUCCUCAGGACUAUCAAGAAGAAUUUAUCCGAGACAUAUACUACGCUGCAAAUGUCUUUGGAUUGCCUGAGCCCGUCCGCGACCCCCUCUCUUUGGAGGAGGAACAAAACCUCAAUGAAACUGCAGGGUGUCGCAUUGUGGGCUUAACGCUGGAGACACGGCCUGACUUCAUUUCACGUUACGAACUGCGCCGGCUUCGUCGUUUCGGCUGCACGCGAGUGCAGAUUGGCGUGCAACACGUCGACGACAAUGUGCUGCAGUACAUUAACCGUGGAUGCACUCGUCGUGACGCUAUAAAAGCCAUACGAAUGCUUAAGGACGCGGGUUUCAAGGUUGACGUGCACCUCAUGCCAGAUCUACCAUCAAGCAGUCCAGAUGCAGACCGUCAGAUGUUUUACUACGUCCUUUCCUCCCCCGAUCUCCAAGCUGAUCAGUGGAAAAUAUACCCGUGUGAAGUGACGCCUUUUUCAACGAUAGAGCAAUGGUAUAAGGAAGGCAAGUUCAUUCCCUAUGCGGACGUUGACGGGGAAGCCCUUUUGACCCUUAUUUGCUCUGUAAAGGCGGCCGUACAUCCGUGGGUGCGACUGAAUAGAGUAGUGCGGGACAUCCCAAAUCAGUCCAUCAUAGGCGGCAACAACGUCACAAACCUCCGGCAGGAACUUUCUAGGGAGCUGGAAAGCCGACAUUUGCGCUGCAAGUGCAUCCGCUGUCGCGAAGUGAAGGAUGAACAGCUUGAUUUGGGGGCAGCGGAGUUGUGUGUUCGCCGCUACGAAACGAACGGAGGAGUGGAGUUUUUCUUGUCUUUCGAAACGCCAGAUAGAAAAACAAUUUUUGGGUUUCUUCGGCUAAGACUUCGUGCUCGGAGGGCUCCUCGGGACUGCCCCUUUAGCGUGUUGAAUGGGGCAGCGCUUUUAAGAGAGCUGCACGUCUACGGACGGCUAGUUCCUCACGGAGAAGCGAAGAGCAGCGGGGACUUGCGGCCUCAACACGCGGGAUUCGGCAGGCGGUUGAUACAGGCCGCAGAAAUUGUUGCCAUGGCCAAUGGGUACUGGCGCAUGGCAGUCAUUGCCGGGAUCGGAACGAGGGAGUACUACCGCGCAAGCGGCUACGAGCUGGAGGACUCGUACAUGGUGAAAGAUUUGACUGUUUCGGGUUUGCAUGCCGGGCGGCCGGAUCUGCUUGCUGUUCAGCCGAAGGAGCUGCUAAUUGAGUUCCAAGACUUACCGCGAGCAGCCGCACAACUGCUACUUCCAUUGCCACCCAAGGCACCGCUCAGGAAACGCAAGGAGAUGCAAGGAAACAGAGGAAAAGGCAAGGGGAAGGCGAAGGGCGGGCCAGGGGUGGAUUCAGCCCUCCUCGCAUCCAUUGAGGAGACGAGAGAAAGAGCAAGUGCCUUCCUUACAGAGUAUACAACAAAAGUAGAGUCUAUUAACGUCCCUGCACUUUUGCAGAGGCUGAAGGAUAGCAAAAAAACACAACUAGACACACCAGAAUCGCCCUCCCUGUUUGCCGACAAGGAUACAUUUGCCGAGCACUGCAGUAUGUACGCCUCAUUACAGAAAUCCCAAAAAUCGACUGCAGGCAGCACUUCUGCACUUUCCUUUCUUCACCGUUGCCUGCCGUCCUGGCUGUUGGGUGGCAAUGCGGAUGCGUAUGGAUCGAGCGUCUUGCUAAUCGCCGCCUCAGCUGCAACCGUCGCUGUUGCCGGCGUGGCAACCGGUCUUCUGUGGUUUGCUGUUCGUAGACGGCAGUAA